AUGUCUUUGAAAAGAACGCCAUUCUCAUUCAUUUCUGACAUAAUUACGAACAUAAAAAAUGGAAAUAACAACGGAGAAGUGACGGCUGCGAACAGACAAAACUCGUACGCGCAUAUAAAAGAAUUUAACAUAACCGAGUUGGGGGACUUUAAAAUAAUUAAGGUUUUGCUGAGGGGACUCUCCAGCACUGUUUGCCUGUGUGAAUGGAUAAUUGACUGCAGAAAGACGCUCGUUUUGAAGAAUUACGUUAAGUAUAUAAAUAAUGACAUUCUAAGUUGGAACAUAAAAAUUGAUGAAUCGAAUGAGACCGACACGGGGAACAGCAGCUUGGAAACGGAGGGAACGAUUAACAUCUGCCCGUGUUGCGAAAGGGGGUUUUCGGAAGGGGAACUGCAUCGCCAGGUGUAUGCAGAAAAGGAAGAGCAAACUGAGAAGGAACGGUUAAGGCAGUGCGGCGGUAACGGAACAGACGAGGGGGAAGAAGCAGGAGAAGCCCUCGAAGUCGUCGAUGAAGAAGCCAUCAAAGAAGUAGAAGCCGUCGAAGCAGUUGAAGUCUUCCGCCACGAAGCGGAGGGAGCUUUCCCCCUCGCGCUUGUCAGCAGGCAAAAUGACAACGCGGAGGGCCAUGCGAAGGAUCACACGAAGGGGGGAAGUACGGAGAAGCACUACUGGCACGACAUUCCAGAUGAAACGUACGAACAUAAAACGCUGCACUUAGUGUUAAAGGUAAAGCAUAAAGAAUUGUAUUACAAACUGAGAGACAUAGAAGAACUAAGAGAAGAAAUAGGGAUACACAAAAAAUUGAAACAUUGCAAUAUUUUACAAAUGAUAUUAAGUGCAGAAGAUGAAAAUGACAUUUGGGUGCUCCUAGAAUAUUCUUCCAUUGGGGAUUUAUACUCCUAUGUAGGCUUUAACAUCCUAGACGAAACGGAGGUGAAAAUAAUUGUCAGCCAAAUUCUGUUUGCUCUUUAUUACCUUCACAUUAAGGGAAUCAUACACUGCGAUAUAAAGCCUCAGAAUUUGCUUCUCUUCCAUUUGGAAGAGUCUUUCCUUUUUGAGUCCGAAAUGCUCUCCGACCUGGAACCAUCACGCAGUGUUAAGGGGAAAAAAUUGAAUAUUAAGAAAUUGCUCAGCUCGAUUAAUGAAAAUGUCGCCAAGCAUCCGAAUGACAAAACUUUUAAGAGCAUCGUGAAAAUUGGCGACUUCGGAUUGUCCGUCAGGUGUCCCUUUGACGAGUUCUACCCCUACCGCGGGAUAAGGGGUAGCUACGGGUUCAUCGCCCCCGAGUUGUUCCAAGAAUCCAACUUUAACAACAAAGUGGACAUGUGGGCACUGGGCAUAAUCAUCUACAUCCUUUUAGGAGGCUAUAGGCCCUUUUACCCCUGUUCUAGGUUUGAGGAAAAGGUAACGUUCCACGAACGAUACUGGUUUAAUAUAUCCUCGGAGGCAAAGAACUUCAUUCAGUCCCUCCUGCAGAUUAACCCGUCCAAACGGCUGAACGUGAUUGAGGCGAUCGACCACCCCUGGUAA